AUGAACGACGGUUCUCGUUUAUUUGAACUUCCUUGGGAAAUCAGAGAACGCAUCUACGAAUACUACCUAUCCUUCGACCACAAUGACUUUGGCGACACGCUUCGGCCGCUGCACCUCUACAUCGAGCAAGGGGGUUACUCGAAGCCAAUCCCGCCGCUCAUGCUCACCUGUAAACGCGGCUACCGAGAACUUCACCAACGAGUGCACUCCGACGCCCUCAUGAGAGUCCACACGGCCGGCUGGGGCGACCGGCGCAUUGGCUUCGCCGUCCACGGCACGCUUCGCUUCGAACGCCUGCGCCGGCUGUACAUCCUCGUCGCCAUGGAGUAUCCUAACUGGAAUCGCUGGCUGGGUAUGUUUGGCGAAGUUGCGCGGCGAGCGAAGAAUCUGUCGGAGCUCGUCGUCGACUGGGAACCGAGGCCGAACAGCACCAAGGGCUGGGAAGCCAAGCUCACUGAGAAGAAGUAUGACGAGUUCUUUGGUAUCGUAUCAGAUUUGAAGAAUCUUCAAGUAGUCAGGUUUCAUGGCGUUAUGCCGUCUGGGUGGCGCGAACGAUUCGAGAAGGAAACGACGGCAAGGCUUGAUCCCAACAUCGUCAUCGUCCUAAAAAGAACUCGGCAUACCAUGGCAGCAAACACGGCAGAAGAGACCCUCCUCGUCAUCGGAGCCGGUCCUCUCAUUGGGCGUUCCGUAACAGCUCUCUUCGCGUCUAAGCGCUACACUAAAAUUGCCCUCAUCGCAAGAAGGGAAGAGCAGUUGCGGCUCGAGAAGAAGGCCGUGGAGGAGGCUGCACCGAGCGCGACGGUCAAGACUUACGCCGUGGACAUUACCGAUACCGAGGCCUUUAGCAAAGUGCUUGAGAAGGCAGACGCAGAAAUCGGCAAGCCCUCUUGUGUUUUCUUCAACGCCGCACGGGUGGCACCGUCUGAGAUGCUCGCUCUGGAUGUGAAGGAGAUUGAAUAUGACUUCAAGAUCAACGUGUCCGCCUUGUACGCUACCGCUCAGCGCUACGUUCCUCACCUCACUUCCCUGGCCAAGUCGAGUCCAGAGUCAACGCCGGCAAUCAUUGUCACGAGCUCGCUACUGCCUUCGGAGCCUAUUCCUGCUGUCUUUUCUCUUUCCUUGGUCAAGGCAGCCCAGCGUAACUUCGUCCAGACUCUGCGCAUGUCUUACGAGAACGAGGGUGUCUACAUUGGCCUGAUCAACGUCGGAGGUCCGGUUUCUCACGAUCAUGAGGUUUGGAAUCCCGAUAACAUUGCCAAGAAGUCAUGGGAGUGGUUCUCUCAGAUCAAGGAUAAGCCUUCAUUUGAGGUCAAGAUUUGA